AUGGCUGCAGUUGAAAGCAGGAAGGUAGUCAAGUUCGACUUCUUCAAACUUCCAGUGUUGCAAUCUGGUUCAGUAACUGAACGCGAGCACUGGGUGAAAUGGUGGCGACAUGGAAUUAGUGUUUUGAACUCUUUAAUUGUUCUUCCGUUUGACGUUUUUUGGGCGAAAUUGAUUGAAGAUCCAAAAAUUAUUUUAUUUUUGGACUCUUUUUUGGAAGAAUUUCCUAGGUUUUGGGAAGUUGAUCAAACAAGGUUAUAUUUUGGCAGUGAUGCUUCAAAGGAAGUUAGUGAGCUCUUCUUCAAACGGACAAUUUACGACAAUCAUAUCUUUACUGUCGAAAGGCUUUUAAAUAUAAUUUCUGUUUACUGGAAAGAUAAUGAAGCUGGUGUACGACGUAUUAUUGAAGGGACAGUCGGUAGAGAAUCAAAGUAUUUGAAGGACGUAGCGGAUAAAGUUGUCACUCUCUCAAACGUUGGCUUUACUUAUAAUCGUUUCAUUUAUACUGCUGCUUUUGUCAUUUCUUGCUGUGGUGGACCAGGGUUUUUACAGUAUCUUUCUGCUGCUUCAAGUGAACUGAGGAAAUUAUCUCAGUCAAUGUCAGGUGAUAAUAGGGGAUAUGAGGAGCUGGAUUCCUUACUGGCUUUAUAUGUUGAUGUAUUAUAUGCAGUACCUCGUUUAAUAUCUUCUUGUGAAACGUCUGUUCCAAUAAGAGAUGCGAGCUUCAACUUUUGUAUCAGUAUUCCUACCCUAAUUGAAGCCGCGGAGGAGGUUGUUGCUCCGCAGUUGGAGUUUCACCUCUCAUACGUUGCGUCUAACUCCACAAAUAGUGAUUCGCUUUCCGUAUUAGAUUAUCUGCGAGACGCGGCAUUUUGGGCUUUUCAUUUCUUGCAUACUUUCCAGGAUGAUGAUGAGAGAUCGUUUGUUAUUUUACAGAACGCACUGUGUUGCGAAAAGUUUAUAUUUUACUAUAAUCUGCGGUAUCCUGUCGAAAGCAUAGUUUCAUCCCUACCUUUACAUGGUACAAAUAAAAGUACUGUCACAGAAACGCUAGGGGGAAUAAUGUCGAAACAAAAGGAGGCUAUUGUAACACAAUUAGGGGAUAAAGGCGUGCUUGCUCGUCUUGGACUGCCGGAAAGCCUUACAGUGGCUUCACAGAUAGAGAACCUUGUUGAACUUUUGCCUCAUUAUUCACGAGAGUUUAUACAUCUUUCUUUGCGACAUUACGGGUAUGACUUUGAAAAAGUCACUAAUGCGUUGCUUGACACGGCCUUGUUACCUUUGGACCUUCAGGCCUUAAUGGACUUUGAACUAACUGCCCGAAAUUGUCCGUUGAUGACGGAUGGAGACACUGGUAUAAAAUAUUUUCUCUUGUUAAGCAAAAUUUUUUUCGAUGUUAAGAAAGGAGGGGUAGAAUUGAGGGUAAACAGAUACAGAUGCGCUGUAGAAUUGGAUCCAAAAUUUUUGGGUAAAUUUGUGGUGGACUUAGAAGGCGGUAAGAAUAUCAAAAAAAAGACUCCUCUAGGCUCCAAAAAUAUCGAUGGAAGUAAGCUGAUUAAAGAGCCUUCCAGUGAAGUACCAGACGUUUCUAGCAAAGGAUUGAUAUGUAUGAAACCAGUUGUUAAAAGAACUGUUUUUGAUAACAAAUCGACCAGGAAUGGAAAAGGACUGGAAGAAAAGUCUAGCAGAGAGGAGCUGGAAAAUAUUCUUGCAGGUCUGAAACUACAGAGUACUGAGAGGGAGAAGGAAAGAAAAGAGGCACAAGAAAAGAAGCUUAUUAAGCUUGUGACGAGCGCUGAGAAGUUUUAUGUUCCUGAAUCUGAAAAAGUUGCACUUAGACCAACUUAUGAAAAAUAUGUAUACGAGGGGGAAUCUUCUUCGCCCUGGGAUGUUUACGAAGACGAAUAUGACGAUACAACAGACGAUCAUCGCUCGUACAGUGUAGAUGUCCAAAGUGAGUCAGCUCCCGAAGAAAUCUUGCGUGGAGUGGAGCCGAAUCGAAAUAGAGAAGUUCCUGAGGAAGAUGGAGAAGAAAAAAGCAACGAAAUACUUACAGAAGAAAACCAGUCGCAUUCUGGACAUGGAAAACGUAACUGGAAACGAAAUUUCAAAACGCAAGAGAAGGGAGUGGGGUCAACUGAUGUGCCAGAUGUUCGAGAGGAUGAAGGCAGAAAUGCGGGGAAUGUUGAAGGCAGUAAUAAUAACGAUAGUAACAGUACUAUAAAUAAUGGUAGAGGUCGGGUAUUCAGAAGGUUUAAAAAUUUUGACAGAGCCGGUUAUACUGGUGGGAGGGAACGACAGAUGAAGGAAAGACAUAAAGGUGCCGAUAAACGUCGUGGAGCCGAUCGAAAAAGAAGAGGAGGAAUGUUUUGA